AUGACAUCCACGAUCCGAGCAAAGCAGAUUGUAGAAAGUCCGCUCCCAUCCCUCCAAAUUAGGCCCUAUCACACGGUUUCAAGCGCACUGCAGCGUAUGUCCUUUGUGGGGACCCUUAUCCCAUGGAGCAAUUUCCUGCGAUCUGUUGAGAGUGUGCACAAAAAUCAAAACUGGGCAAGGCCAAGGACAUCACCCUACACCAAUGGCCCACAUACCACCGAACCCGAUCGUGUACAUAUAGGGGACGAACAUGGGCUUCAGGGUCGUUUUCAGCAAGCCAUUGGCCAAGCAUUUGGGGCGGUCCUUGAGGCCAAGUCAAUCAACCUCUACUUCGCCGACUUCAAAAGCUCGGGAAGUAAUUACGAAAACAUCCCCGACGUUGUUGGUUUGCAAGAUGUGGGUGGAAGUACUAAUAUCAAGCUGGUUGGGGAAUUAAAGACGCCUUGGGUCUUCAACCAUGACCUCCACACGGCCAUUCGCCGUUUACGUGACCUGCGACAAAAGAUUGCCCAACCAGUUCGGGAUAUGCAAAGCCUAGGCUGUGAAUAUGGCUUCAUCAGCACUUACAACUACACCAUCUUCCUGCGACAAUUUCAGUCCCCUAGCGGGGAUUGGGAAGUGUGGUAUUCCCCUCCUAUAUCCUCCUCCUCCUACUACACACCAACAGUUCCUAAUCCCCAAUCGACUCAUCUUGCCCUCCCCCAGGUGUCAAUGAAGCAAUGCAUGUUUUACGUCUGCACUCUAGCAAGUGCUGCCAAUCCUGUUAACAACCAGACUGUGCCCUGGGUUGUUGAUCUAUCCUGA